GCAUGAUGUUUGAAAAUUGUAUGAAUCCAGAAUUAGGUGGUUAUUGCUUGCUUAAUCAGGUUGAUUGGAAUACUUGGUUCACUAUGAUGGUCAUGAAAUGAAACUAAAUGAACUAAAGAUCAUAAUGUGUCAUCGCUUUCAGAGUAAAACUAUGUGAGCUGCUGUUAAUACAUCCAGCAAGCUAAUGCAUUUGACCCCAGCUAACAUUAUCAGCACUAAAACACUACAGCCUACCAGCUAAUUCAGUCCAAGCAUUAAACAUUAUACAAUCGAUACAUGCAUUCAAAGCUUUUGACUGUUGGCAGAAUAACUGUGGCCUGCUCAAAACGUGACAGUAAAUAUGAACCUCCUUCAGAUACAGAUCAUUUGGUCUCGUGUUGAAGAUUUUUUCACUGUGAAAGCCCAGACACGACAGCAUGGACUUGCAGUAUGUUUAUGAGCAGGAUUGGGACAAAGAGAGUGAGACUUCCAGAAAAAUCAGCGGGAGACAUGUUGAAUGAGGGUGGGUGAAUCUCAGGUUGGCCCCUCAGUCCCCUGGUUUGAGAGCUUAUAUAAGAACACUUAUGUAAGAUCCAGUGGGGGGCUUAACUGGGCGAUGGGCUGUCUCUGAUGUGAGGGGGUGGAGUCUGAAGCAGCAGGAGGGGAUUGUGGGAUUAGAUGUUUAGAGGGAGGGCUGUAUGUGUGUUUUUAAGUGAAGCGCUAGUAAGAGGAUCUGUGUAUGUGUAUGUAUGUGUAUGUGUGUCUCCACAUCUGUGUUUGGUCGGUGUCUGGAAUACUCUCUCUACAUUCUUUGUCUGGAUGUUUCUCGUCCUCUUUUUCUGUCUUUCUUUUUUCACUCUUCUACCUCCUGCCGCUUUUUUAUAGAGUCAGGGUAGAGAGUUGUCUAGGUUUUUAUUUGAUCAGUCUCUUUGCUUUCAAUGGCAAGUCAGCAUUUUUCUUGCGGUUCGGUAGAGCAGAGGUCAGAUUUGACCGCAGGAAUGAUUCUCACUGUGGGCGAAACGUUCUCAAACGGAGCAGGUUCUGACUCGGAUGCCGGGGGCAUUGGAGAAACUGGGGAGGGGGCGUCUGAACUUGUUGAAAGCGCAGACACUUCUGGAGCUAUGCAGCAGGUGUUGGAUAACCUGGGCGAGUUGCCCGCCACCACCGGGGCUAAAGACAUUGACCUCAUCUUCCUCAAAGGCGUCAUGGAGAGUCCUAUCGUCCGCUCGCUGGCCAAGGCUCAUGAGCGUUUGGAGGAUGUGAAGUUGGAAGCAGUGCAGGAGAAUAACGUGGAGCUUGUGACUGAGAUUCUGGGUGACAUCAGCAGACUGAGCGUACGAGAUGACAGCGCAGCAGAGCUCUCCAAAAUCCUGCAGGAGCCCCAUUUUCAGUCUCUUCUGGAAACCCAUGACAUCGUGGCGUCUAAGUGCUAUGAAGCCCCACCCCCUCCUGAAGUGACCAAUGAUGCGGCAGUAAACAAUGCUCUUAUGCAGGCUGAUGCAGUCAGGAUGAUUGGCAUCCGCAAGAAAGCAGGAGAACCUCUGGGUGUGACCUUUCGAAUGGACAAGGGUGACCUGGUAAUCGCUCGCAUCCUCCACGGAGGGCUGAUUGACAGGCAGGGGCUGCUGCAUGUGGGUGACAUCAUAAAGGAGGUGAAUGGGAAGGACGUCGGCAAUAAUCCCACUGAACUCCAGGAGAUGCUCAAAGAAUGUAGUGGAGGAAUAACACUGAAAAUACUGCCCAGCUACAGAGACGCUGCAGCGCCCCCACAGGUUUAUGUGCAGCCACAUUUUGACUACAAUCCAGCCAAUGACAAUCUAAUUCCAUGCAGAGAGGCGGGGCUUGCAUUCAAAAGGGGUGAUAUCCUGCAGAUUGUCAACCGAGAAGACCCAAACUGGUGGCAGGCGUGCCAUUUAACGGAAGGAGGUACUGGGCUGAUUCCCAGUCAGUUUCUGGAGGAAAAGAGGAAAGCAUUUGUUCCUAGAGACCUGGAUGGAGCAGGAAUCCUAUGUGGAACAAUAACUGGUAAAAAGAAGAAAAAAAUGAUGUACCUCACUGCCAAAAAUGCAGAGUUUGAUCGGCAUGAGCUUCAGAUCUACGAGGAAGUAGCACGUAUGCCGCCGUUUCAGAGGAAAACCCUCAUCCUGAUUGGAGCGCAAGGAGUGGGGCGUCGUAGCCUGAAAAACAGACUAGUUGUGCUACAUCCCACUCGCUUUGGUACCACUGUACCACACACGUCUCGGCGGCCUCGCAGUGACGAGCAAGAUGGUCAGUCAUAUAGAUUUGUAACACAUCUAGAGAUGGAGAUGGACAUCAAGGCGGGCCGGUACCUGGAACACGGAGAGUACGACGGCAACCUCUAUGGUACUAAAAUUGACUCCAUCCAUGAGGUGGUGAACACCGGCCGCACAUGUAUCCUGGACGUCAAUCCCCAGGCUCUGAAGGUGUUAAAAACUGCAGAGUUCAUGCCAUAUGUCGUGUUCAUCGCAGCGCCAGAGUUCGACACACUGAAGGCUAUGCACAAAGCUGUGGUUGAUGCUGGACUCACCACCAAACAGCUCACAGAUGUGGACCUGAAGAAGACCGUGGAUGAAAGCGCUCGCAUCCUGCGGACUUACAGACACUACUUUGACCUCAUCAUUUUCAAUGACAACCUAGACGGUGCGUUUGAGAAACUGCAGUCGGCUGUGGACCAACUCUGUAUUGAAGCGCAGUGGGUUCCAGUGAGCUGGGUUUACUAAGGGAAUCUUUAGAAGAUCACCAUACAAGAGUGUUUGAGUGUGUGUGCGUAUGAUUGGUAUGCGAGGUGAUUGAUGUGGGGCAGUGAAGUUAUGCGUUUGGAUUGACCAACCAAAUGAGCAUCGUCUGCCACGAAAGCACCGUUAGCCCCAGCCUCACUAUUGUGCACACAAUGCAGGGUUUUUCUACUCAAACUGAAAGGGAAGAGUACUUAUUUAUUUUAGUAUUUGUAUGUUUUUAAAGAAUAUCUUUCUAUUUGUGACAUCUUUGGAGUUGGAAGAAAAGAAAAACGAGGAAAACUGAUACUGGCCUUGGCGAAUGAGAGGCCAUUUUUUAAUUUAUUAUUGUAGUUGUUUUUACAUGUGUUUCUCCUUUUUAAUUUUUUUGCAGUACCUGAACCUACUGUGAUGUUUUGAUUUAUAGUACAAGACUACUACAGAGUGUAGCAGGCCAAGGGCUCCUGUAGAACAUUCUAGAUCCUAAAACCAUGAACCAGAAAACUGUUUACAUAGAGCCUGAUCUCCCAACUGUUUAUAUGCUUCUCUUCGUAUCCAGAAGAGAUGCAUUAAAUCUCUUUUAUGCAAAAGUCCAUAUCAAUGUGUGCAGUGUGUUUUGUAAUAUUUCAUUCACCGAUUUUGUCUGUUGUACAACAUUGGGCUGCACGUUGUGUCUGUGUCUUAUUAUCGUUAAAGAAGUGAACAAAUAUUCCUGUUGAGUUCAAUCUUUUUCUUGUUGUUUCUUCUUUCUUGAAUGUCUUUCAAAUUCUGUCCCAGAAUGUCAUGACCUCUCUGCCAAAUGUAUUUUUGUCUCUAUGUCAACAAGACCGUUACAACAAGGCAAUAAACAGACUGGCCAUUGUUAUUCUUUGUUCCUCUUUUUCAUUUAAUAAUAAUAAAAGUGCAUGAUGCAACCAAACAGAAGCUUUUGGAGAAAAUCGCUGCAUUCACUCCUGAUGUGCAGAGAUACACAACAAUAAAGGUAUUUGCAUAAUGUCAUAUAUUCUACAUAUAAGUAAAAAAAAAUUACAGCUGAAGUGCAGUGAUGAGUACAUUAUUAUUUGAAACAUCUGUAUAAGUGAAAUGCCAAAAUGAUACAGUAACACAAAAAAUUUUAUAUUAUCAAACAUAUUACAAUAA